AUGAGAGGUCGUCCCGUCAUCAGCAUCGAUAAUUACACCAUAUACUGCAUCGACGCUGAUGAGAACAAAAAUCGCAGAGGACGAAAACUCCGGAUCGUGAGUGCUCACGCACCUACAGAAACUGCUGAGGACAGCAGUAUGGAAGCCUUCUAUGAUGAACUCAAUGUGUUGAUUCCUAAAAUACCAAGAGAGCAGUCGACUUAUGUGAACAGACGGACCCCAUCAUCGCCUCCACGUUUAAGAGGAAUCAUCGACGCCAUCGGCUCACGUGGCAGGGGUAACCCUUCUAACGCCUUCAGAGCAGCGCAAGCGGAAGAUGGGACUCUUAAACUUCAGCCCGACAACAUUGUGAAGAAGAACUUUCCUCAGUCGGAUACCCGAAAAUUUAGAGCUGUUUGGAACGUUGCUUUCGACUCUGACCACCGUCCAGUUCUUCAAGAUACGGUUCCACAAGAGCAAUCGAGGAGUUCCUCCCCAACUGAAAACCAAGAGGAUAUGCCGGGAGAUGCGCCAGCAUGCCUCGACAAGGCCACGCCCUAUGGAGACCGAGACGACCAUCCUACUAGAUGGUUUCUUUGCUAUAGAAACACAGACAGCGACACAGUUGCAAGGAAAGAAGAAGAUCUAAUAAGAGACCCAGACAACUACGUAGUUGCAAGGAAAUAG